GCUGUACCAAUACAACGUGCUGACAUUUCAUCUUACAAUAGCCACAACGACCCGCGCGAGCCAUUCGCGCUCAAGCCGACGAGAAUACCGCGCCUGCUCAAUCCAAGCAAACCCUUCACCAACGACACAAAUCUACCGGCACACUCUCCAACAUGUUGCAGGUAGGAGGUCUCAAGGCGGCGGCCAAGAGAACUGCCUUUGGAGAUGUCAGCAAUACGGCGAAGAGCUUGUCAAACGUACAGGAUGACUCGGCAAUCGCUGGCAAGCAGGUCUAUCAAGAGAUCGUGAAGCCAGUUGCAGUUCAAGAAAAAUCAGCUGCCUUCCUCCGACCUGCACAGCGACCCCUAAACGGUGCUGGUGCGAAGGCACCAUUGAGCAUCACUUCUGCCCCCUCAUCCGACCCAAUCUCAAAUCUUCCUCGAGCUCUUCCAGAAGUCAAAGGAACUGCUGUUAAAUGCACACUCUCAAAGAAGAACACGUCGAUUUACAAGGACGUGGACUCAGAGAAUGCUCCACCCUCCCAGAUCGAUGACAACCAAGCUACGCGUCCCGGCUCGGCACCUGUACCCCCCGUUCACCAAUCGCUGGAUCCUCGACAGCACAAGAGCCAACCUCAAAUCAACCCUCUCACUAAGCCAGAUCUACCUUCUCUUCGACGAACCCUCAGCAAGCUCCCCAACAACAUCAACGUCGACCCAUCCCAAGAAGACGCCCGUCACAGCGACCCUGCCUACGAAGACGCACAGGAAGUCCAAAUUACAACCUCUGAUGAGGCCUUCGAAGCACAAUUGAGACUAGAGAAAGAGGAGAAGGAGCUCGCUGCCAAGGAGAUUAUUGAGAGACAGCUGCGCCAAUUGCCUGCCCCGCCUCUCGUUUCCGAACCCGAAGAGUACUGGGAGGAGGAUGAAGAGGAGAUGUACGACGAGCAAGGUUACAUGACAGCCCACUCGAACCCAUCCCGAGGCGACAACACCACAGGAGGUGCUACCACCGUUCUCUUCCCGAAGGUCACGAACAAAGUCCGAAACGAGCUUGCUGCUGCCAAGUUGUAUGUCCAGGCCUCACGCCCUAUUGAGGAGAUUGAGGAGGAGCAAUGGGACACUGCCAUGGUAGCUGAAUACGGUGACGAGAUCUUUGCGUACAUGCGUGAACUCGAGAACAAGAUGUUGCCUAAUGCCCACUACAUGGAUCUCCAAACCGAGAUUCAGUGGUCGAUGCGUUCGGUCUUGAUGGACUGGCUCAUCCAAGUUCACCACCGCUUCGCGUUGCUUCCCGAAACAUUGUUUCUCUGUGUCAACUACAUUGACAGAUUCUUGUCAUGCAAGAUUGUUUCCUUGGGCAAGCUUCAGUUGGUCGGUGCCACCGCCAUCUUUGUUGCUGCAAAGUAUGAGGAGAUCAACUGCCCUUCCGUCAAUGAGAUCGUCUACAUGGUUGAUGGUGGCUACUCGGUUGAUGAGAUUCUGAAGGCUGAACGCUUCAUGCUCACUAUGCUAUCGUUCGAGCUUGGCUGGCCUGGACCAAUGAGCUUUCUUCGACGCAUCAGCAAGGCUGACGACUAUGAUCUGGAGACCCGAACCUUGGCAAAGUACUUCUUGGAGGUUACCAUCAUGGAUGAGCGAUUCGUAGGAAGCCCACCAAGUUACGUUGCUGCCGGUGCUCACUGUUUCGCUCGUCUGAUGCUCAAGAAGGGUGAUUGGACUCCAACCCACGUAUACUACUCCGGGUAUACUUGGACCCAAAUCCGGCCCCUCGUUUCCAUGAUGAAGGAAUGUUGCGAGAACCCCAACAAGCAUCAUUCUGCCGUCUACGAGAAAUACUGUGAUCGCCGAUACAAGCGUGCAGCCCUCUUCGUCCAAGCUGAGAUGAGCAAGGGCUUUACGCUCCCGUCGAUGCACGCCCCUCGCCCCUCUCUUCCCUCACUUGAGAGCGUCGCCGCCCAGAUGCAAUCCGAGGCUCGCGAGUCCUUCAAGCGUAUGGUCCAGAUCAGUGGAUAGGCUACGAAAUCCCAGCAAGCUCCCUCGAUACUACAAACCCCUCGCAACCAAAAGCACAAAAUUUCGAUUCUCUGUAUAUUUUUUGGACCAGAUUUGGCCCCUCUGCACGUCUUCAAUUUGGUACAUCCUACUCUAUUAUGUCGUGUCCGCCAUUACAACACAGCAACUUUAUUAGAUCGCGCAGCUUCCACACUGGAGGAGCGAGUCAUACAGUUAUGUGAC